AUAUCCGGGAUUCUCCGGGCGCAGCUCAGAUCACCUGCAGCCAGGGAGCGCACCAGCGACAGCGUGCUUUUCCUUACCAACAGAAAAAAGAAAAAUAGAGGAGAAAAAUCUGUUUUGUCUACGAAAAAAACAAACUCCAUCCUUAGAUUUGCAAGUAUUUUUUAUUUUUAUUUUUAGAUUUUAUUGUCUAAUCAUGCAGGAUAAAGGCGCAUUUUUCAGCCCCCUUUGCAGACCGCGGUGUCUGGCGGCAGCGGCUCCGGCUGGAAGAGCGAAACUAACUCAUCCUGGAAAAGCAAUUCUGGCAGGUGGAAUCGCCGGUGGCAUAGAGAUCUGCAUCACUUUCCCCACAGAGUACGUGAAAACGCAGCUACAGCUGGACGAGAAGGCCAACCCGCCGAAAUACAGAGGAAUAGGUGAUUGUGUGAAGCAGACAGUGCAGAGUCACGGUGUUAAAGGACUUUACAGAGGACUCAGCUCACUGCUGUAUGGAUCCAUACCCAAAUCUGCAGUCAGGUUCGGCAUGUUUGAGUUCCUCAGUAACCGGGCGAAGGAUGAGAACGGCCGACUGGACAGCACCCGUGGCCUCCUCUGUGGGCUCGGUGCGGGCGUCAUGGAGGCCGUGCUGGUGGUCUGUCCCAUGGAAACCGUUAAGGUUAAAUUCAUUCAUGACCAGACUUCGGCCAAACCCCAGUACAAGGGCUUCUUCCACGGAGUGAGAGAGAUUGUCAGGUCACAAGGACUAAGAGGGACAUAUCAGGGUUUGACCGCGACGGUCCUCAAACAAGGCUCCAACCAGGCUAUUCGCUUCUUUGUAAUGACGUCUUUAAAGAACUGGUACAAAGGUGAUGACCAAAACAAAACUAUUAAUCCCAUCAUUACCGGGGCGUUCGGGGCAAUAGCAGGGGCAGCCAGUGUAUUUGGGAACACGCCCUUAGACGUCAUCAAGACAAGGAUGCAGGGUCUGGAAGCUCAUAAAUAUAAAAGCACACUGGACUGCGCUUUGAAGAUCCUCAAAUAUGAAGGCCUGGCAGCAAGACGUGUCUGCUGGGAAUCACCGUGAGCUUGGAUGAUCGGUUCUGGGCGAAGCUCAGGGUAGUCUUCCCCCGGGCCCGGACACUGGUGGUGGAGUGGACUCUGGAGAAGAAGGAGCCUGGAGGGAGUCUGGAAGAUGUCCAGGAGGAUGAAAGCGCGGCUGAAGCAGGUGGAUCCGUGGUUGUUUGGCCUUUUGAAGGAGCUCUAGCGUGGUGAUUGGCUGGAGCGGAGCAACAAUCUGGUGCUGGUUGGCUGAGGCGGAGGCGUGGUAAUUGAUGAUGCUGGUAGGCUGAAGAGAGUCUCACAGCUUGAAUUUACACCUAUAGGCUACAUAACAGAAAAAUAUUCUUGUCAUAAUUGGAAAAAAUCUGUUAGUGGAACAAUGAAUUUUAAAAUAAAUAUUAAGGAAUUAUUGACUUAAAGCGAGGUCCUAAAUUGAGCUGAAAAGUUACCUUUAAGCUAAUUUGGUCUUAUUUCAAGUGUACUUUAACUUCUGAUGUAAAGUGAAAUGUGUGUUUUCAAAAUAUUCUAGAUUAGCAUCAACAAAACCAUAGAGAUUAAGAUAAAUGUAAGUGGAUAAAAAAUGUAAUUUUACUUUUUUCUGCCUUUUUUUGC